AUGGCCGCUAGUUUUAUCCAAUUCUGCGCCACGUGUGAGAACCAGAUCACCAUUCCAGACAACGCGAUCCUCUAUUGCAGCACCAGGUGCCGGAACGCAGAUACCCUAAAGCCGAUUGCACUCUCACUCCAAACCCUGUCAUCCUUCACAUAUCCCAAGAUAACCCCGUGUUAUCGCCCAUCGACGCGUCCAAAACCACCAGCCAAAAUGGCAACUGCACAGAAAGCCCCCUCCCUCUCCAUCUCACCGCCCACCCAGUGUUCCGAAACCCAAAAGGUCACAGUCAACGGGAAGCUCACCCCGUCCUCCGACGAGACGACGCCCAGACCCGACAGUCGCCGCACCAAGCGCUCCAUCGAGUCCACGGCCGCGUACCGUUUUCUCCUGCAGUUCCAGCGCAACGCGGAUGGGGGCAGUAGUGCCGAUAACGCCUCUUGUUCCGCAAGUAUUCCGUCCAGGACCUCGUCUCCGUCUCUGACGAGCGCGAGCAGCGAUUUUGAUAUGGAGAGGCCCGCCGGUAAGGAUGAUGUUUUGUCUCUGCCGUCUCUGAGUACGUCGGCGGCGACGGAGACGGUGAAUGGAUCGUUGGAGACCAAGUACUCUGUGUCUGCAGCGGCCAUGGGGAAGAAUGUUGGGCAGCGGACGGAGCCGAAGAUUUAUCAAGGCAAGUCUGUUUGA